AUGAAGCGCAAGCGAAGCGAUACCAAAGCCCUUGAUCAGACUUCUCAUCCCACUUCUCUAUCGAUCACCUCUCAUCGAUCGGAACCAAAGAAGAUGGAGGACGAUUCUUCAGACUCUGCCCCAUCGGUGCCAGGCAUCACUCAAGCCAAGCCCUGGUUGAGUCAUAAGACCUUGAAUCCUUCAGACAACGACAUGCCAGCUAGUCUGAAGGCGCUUUACAUGCGUCUGCUCCCCAUUCAGAGAGACAAAAAUAUCAUGCCUCGAAGCUGCAAGGAAACUCUUGAAUGGAAGUCCAAAUCUAUUUAUCAGAUACUGGAUGCUGAUGCAUACUAUGAUCGGCCCUCUCUUGGACCAGACUACGCUAAACAGCUACUUGGUGGUGUCGAAGGAACCGUCAGCUGCGCGAAAAAGUGUCAUUCUCGGCAGUACGACAAAACAGGAUGGAAUACCCUCGUCUAUCCACGAAUCAUCAAUGCCGCUAUCAGAGGUGUUAAUACGGGGAGAGGCCAUUGGCAUCUGGACUUUGCGCCAUGUGAAAGAGCUGUCGUCGAACCUUUCUUAUCAAAAGAAACUAGCGAUCAAGCCUUGCGCGGAUUACAAACCCAUUUUGACCCCGCCAACUUCAUGGCAUUCAAGCCAACGCACAAGUACCCGAUCGUGUUGGGCAUCAAGUCCAAAGAGCUCCACGGUGAAGAUCCCGUCAGCCCUGAGCAUCACUUGGCCGCUUAG